GAUAACCGUUAUAGGCGAGCCCAGUUGUCUGAGCGGUGGUGUGUUCAACGGUUCAAACGGACGGGCAGAGUGGCGAGCUUAUGUGCUGAGGAUUUUUUUUUUGUUGUGUCGUGAACAAGGACUCCCAACUGCGUCGAAAUGGCCGAUCAGCUUACAGAAGAGCAGAUUGCUGAAUUCAAGGAGGCGUUUUCACUUUUCGACAAGGAUGGCGAUGGCACCAUCACCACCAAGGAGCUGGGCACCGUCAUGCGCUCCCUCGGUCAGAACCCCACAGAGGCGGAGUUGCAGGACAUGAUCAAUGAAGUCGACGCUGAUGGGAACGGAACGAUAGAUUUCCCCGAAUUCUUGACCAUGAUGGCGAGGAAAAUGAAGGAUACAGACAGCGAGGAGGAGAUCAGAGAAGCGUUCCGUGUUUUCGAUAAGGAUGGCAACGGAUACAUCAGUGCUGCCGAGCUGCGUCAUGUGAUGACAAACCUCGGAGAGAAGCUGACUGAUGAAGAAGUAGACGAGAUGAUCAGAGAAGCAGACAUCGAUGGAGACGGACAGGUCAACUAUGAAGAGUUUGUACAAAUGAUGACGGCGAAGUGAAGGCCUUGUACAGAUUUGGUAUAUAAAUAAUUUGCCUUUUUUCUUUUGUGUAAUUUAUCUGUAAAAUCUUCUGAACCCCUUGGUCCCGCCCCCUACUGCUGUCCAAAGGAACUGCAUGUAAACUGCAUAGGCUCUUGUCCCCAUGUCCCUUUCUUUUGCUGUCAUGGUGUUUGAGUGACGGGCUGUCAUACAACCAGAUGGAAGCCUGCGGAGGCCCCCCCCUUGGGAGCCGGAGUACCGAAUCUUAACUGGGGGGGGGGCCCUCCACGGCGAGGCCACAUUGGAAACGUGUCAGCUGGUUGUCACUUGGCAACACCGUUGGCAUGGAAACAAUGUAGAGGAGUUGAAACUCUGCAUGGACUAUGGACAAAAGUAUAUAUGGCAAAUCUCAGCAUUGCACUACUGCAAAAAAAAUGACACGGGUGUAUCUCCGAGGUACUCGUACAAACUUUUUGUAUCUGCUGUUCUAUAUACCAGAAAAUGACUCAUCUUACCAUGCUUUUUAAUGUUUUUCUCACUCGUUUCUUUUUUUUUUUUUUUUAAAUGGCCUUUGGCCAUGCCUCAAAUAAUCCAUUCCAAGUUGUAUAUUUUUGUUUUCCAAUAAAAUUUACAAUCUACACGGA